ACUGGCACAUGAAUGCGUUCUGCACAGGCACCCCCCUCCCUCCUCUCGCGCUCACCUUCCUUCGCUUCCCACGUUGCUUGCUUCAGCACGACCACCGAGCCUCCUUGUGUGUCUUGCGUCGCUGCCCCUGCUGCAUUGCUUCUUCAUCAUCAUCCCACACCCCCCUCCCCUUGUCACUCGCUUGUCUUGUUUCCGUGCACCAUUUACACCCGUCUCGCAUCCGCCUCGCAUCAGACAGCCCAACACAAGCGCAGAAGCCACUCCACUCAACUCCCCGAUCGCCGCCACACCAACCGCAGACUAUAAUGAGCUGCUCCAUUGGCGCGUGCGCCGUGCGGCGGCUCCCACUGUUGGCCGUGGCGAUGGCCCUGGCCGUUGCCGCUGUUUCCGCGCAGGGCUGCCCUGGUGAUGUGUUCCCUGGGAACGGUGACUCGGACACGCCGGCCGACAUUGCCCCAGCACCCAGCACCACCUUCACUGGUGUCGUGUGCAAGGACGAAGACGACUGGUUCGAGCUCCAGGUGUGCAAGGGAUGCACGGUUGAGGUUGAGGUGACCUUCCAAAACGCCCAAGGCGACAUCGACGCCGUCAUCUACGCUGCAGAUGGCACGCCCAGCGACACCUCAACCUCCGAGUCUGAUGACGAAAGCCUCACCCACAGCAACACGCUCGACGAAACAUCCCACCUCCUCCACAUCUACCUGUACCAGCCCAUCUUCGAGGACACUGAGACGCCGAGCAACGACGGCCCAACCUCCUACCAGAUCACCAUCAACAUCACCGAAGCCACCACCACCACAACAGCCGUUCCCGCCACCACCACCUCGUCCACCAGCUUCAUCAGCUCCUGGUUCCCUUGCUUCUACGACCCGUAUGAGCCCAGCGAUACGCGCGAAACCGCAUACGCCAUCACCUCGGUGCCGUCACAGCUCCUGGCCGAGGCAUGCCCCGAGGAUCGAGACUGGUAUGCCUUCGAGCUGUGCCCAGGCUGCACCAUCGACGUCUCUGUUGCCUUCCAGGGCCUGGCCGGCACCCCCGCACUCGCCCUGUACCACGGUGCCAGCGGCAGUACCCCGCUCACGUCAUCCGAUGACAGGAUCUACCAAGGCAGCUACACAGCACCCGGCAGCGGCAGCGGCAGCGCCACCACCGUGUACAUCAACGUGUACCACACCCGCUACAUCCCCGUGGACUACGAGUUGGCCAUCACUGUUAACGAGGGUAGCACAACAACCAGCGAGCCCACGACAACGACAGAGUUUACUGGGUCUGUCACCCCGUUCCCUGGGCCCACAUCUGGCUGGGUUGCCUUCCAAGGGUCCGAGUACAACGUCUACGACGAAGACAAGAUGCACCAUGGUGACGCCGAGGCAUUUUGCCAAAGCGAGGGUGGCCACCUCGCUGUUGUGACGUCACUGCACGAGCACGUGUGGCUCACGGGCUUCGCCAUUGCCCGUACCGACAACAAUGAGGCAUGGAUUGGUGGCAUCUUCCCUGAGCCCCAAGAGCUGCAGUGGAUUGACGGCACGCCCGUCGUUGACUUUGGCCUGCCGUGGAAGGAGGGUGAGCCAUCCGACAACCGCCAGGCAGGCUGUCUCUUGCACAACCUACGCAACAGCGAUGGAGAUGUGACUGGGCUGUGGGAGGCACUCCGGUGCUCGCGUCGUCGUGGCUUCAUCUGCGAACGUCCCAGCGACGAAACAACCACCACAACCACCACUACCACAACACGCUCUGGCUCAACCACCACCACGACUACCACGACUACGACUACCACGGAAGGCACAACGACAACAACAGAGUUUACUGGGUCUGUCACCCCGUUCCCUGGGCCCACAUCUGGCUGGGUUGCCUUCCAGGGGUCCGAGUACAACGUCUACGACGAGGACAAGAUGCGCCACUCAGAGGCACAGACGUUUUGCUUUGAACAAGGGGGCCAUCUUGCUGUUGUGACGUCACUGCACGAGCACGUGUGGCUCACGGGCUUCGCCAUUGCCCGUACCGACAACAAUGAGGCAUGGAUUGGUGGCAUCUUCCCUGAGCCCCAAGAGCUGCAGUGGAUUGACGGCACGCCCGUCGUUGACUUUGGCCUGCCGUGGAAGGAGGGUGAGCCAUCUGACAACCGCCAGGCAGGCUGUCUCUUGCACAACCUACGCAACAGCGAUGGAGAUGUGACUGGGCUGUGGGAAGCCCUUCGGUGCUCGCGUCGUCGUGGCUUCAUCUGCGAACGUCCCAGCGACGAAACAACCACAACUACCACAACCACAACACGAUCUGGCUCAACCACCACCACGACCACGACGGAGCAGAUGUGGACCCAAUUCACCGAUCACUACGAGUAUCGCAUCGUCUCCACCGCCAUGGUUGAGUUUGGAGAGGCUGAGGACCAGUGCAUCCAGUAUGGUGCUGAGAUCACGUCCGUCAGCUCCCAGAGCCAGCUCACAUGGCUGACGCAGCUUGCCACCAACAACACCAACCACCCUAGCAUCUGGCUGGGCGGCCGCUUCGAGCUCGCCUGGAGUGACGGGACGCCCGUUGUUGACUUUGGCUUUCCCUGGCUGUCGAACGAAGGCGAAGGGAAGCGUGUGGAGCGGUGUCUGUACAUGCUGCUCACGGGCACGAACACGGGGCGCUGGGCUGAUGGUCUCUGCAAUGAACGCCGCCCUUACAUCUGCCGCCGCCCCAUCGAAUGA